AUCGAGUAUUUACUUCGGUAGUUUGCGGGCCAAGCAAGACAAACCGUUGACUAGGCCGACUGGUCAACGGCCAGCGUCAGCAUGGUCGUCGCGCGGUGACCGCAAUGGUUUCUGCCGCCAUCAUCUGCCACCGUCGAUCUCGCGAGGCCGGACUUUCCGUUGGGGAAUUCCCCGUAUAACGCGUGUCUAUUCCAAGAAGCUUGUGAACCAGCGAGGAUCUCAUUUAUAAGCAAGGCAUCUGGAGAGGAAUCGUCUCUAGAUUCAUUUCGAAUCCUUCGUCUCUCUCCCCUCGAGCUUGACUGCCAUUGCCGUUGAUGAGCUUCUCCAUUUUAGGAAGAAUAAAAAAAUUGGCGCAUUGAUUGAUCAAGAACAAGAACACCAACCCGGGGCCGCCCAGCUAGGAACUUCUAGUAACCAAAGGAAACCUGGGAAGGAGGAGGGCAGCGGGAGGUAUAAAUCCUCGGCAGCAGGAGCUCAAGCUGGGCGAUGCUCGAGAAAUCCAAGCUACUUUGAGGAGAUCUCGAGAGAGUGUAGGAGUUGCUGAUGAUCAUCCUCUGUUUCUCUCGGAUGAUGAUUCCAUCUCUUUCUCUCCCUCUCGUGUGAGAAUCGCACUGUAUCCUCGAGCUUCUGGCCAUCGAAAGAUCAUCCAUCGUCAAGUUCAAGAAGGAAGGAAGCUCUCUUAAUCGUUUCGUCCAUUGCUGGAGACGAGCAAGAGAUAGAAAGAGAGAGGGGGAGGGAUAUCUAGAUUGUGCGCCAUGGAGUCAGUCGAGGCCGUGGGAUCGGCACCGUCGCAUCCAUCACCGUUCUUCCCGCACGGAAUUCGCAUCACCUGGUUGGACGUGGCGGCGAUGAUCGCCGCUUACCUCGUCUGCCACUUCCUCCGCUACCACAACGCGAAAGGCCCGCUGGUGUGGCCAAUUGUGGGGAUGAUCCCGCAGCUCUCGCGCAACUUCAAGCAGGGAUACGACUGGGUCACGGGCAUCCUCGUCCAAACCGGUGGCACUUUCACCUUCAUCGUCCCCUGGAUCCCCAGCCUCAACGUGGUGGUGACGAGCGAUCCCCAAAACGUGGAGUACAUCCUCAAGACCAACUUCGCCAACUUCCCCAAGGGCAAGAUCCUCCGCGCCGGCUUCCACGAUCUCCUCGGCAGCGGGAUCUUCAACAGCGACCACAACACCUGGCUGCUCCAGCGCAAGCUCGCCAGCCUCGAGUUCUACACCAAGUCGUUCCGCGACCUCACCGCCAGAUCCGUGCAGCGCCUCGUCCACCGCCGCCUCCUCCCAAUUCUCCGCCACGCCGCCGCCACCUCCGCCACCAUCGACCUCCAGGACGUGAUGCUGCGCUUCACCUUUGACAACAUCUGCAUCCUCGCGUUUGGCGCCGACCCGGGGUGCCUGUGCGCGGGGCUGCCGCGGGUGCCGUUCGCGCGCGCCUUCGACGUCGCCACCACGCUCACGCUGCUGCGCUUCACGGUUCCGGAAUUCAGCUGGAAGCUGGACAGGCUGCUGGGUAUCCGUCGCGAGCGCAAGCUGCACGAGUGCCUCAAGACGAUCGAGGCGUUCGCGGCGGACGUGAUCGCCAAGCGCAAGGCGGAGAUGGCCGACGAUCGGCCCUCGCGGCGCAGCGAUCUGCUGUCGUGCUUCCUGAGUUCCACGGACCCGGCCACCGGCAAGCCCAGCUACUCGGACAAAUUCCUCCGCGACGUCGCCAUCAACUUCAUCCUCGCCGGCCGCGACACCUCCUCCGUCGCGCUCAGCUGGUUCUUCUGGCUCCUCCAGUCCAACCCGCGCGUGGAGGCCGCCAUCCUGGACGAACUGCGCACCGUCGUACGGAGCUCGGGCAGGCGAUGCGUACGGGACCCCGAUGUACGGAACUCGGACUGUCUCGUACGGAAGACCCCCGGAGAGGACGAGCGGGAAGAGGAAGAGGCGGAGGAUGGCGGCGAGGAUGGCGAUGGAAUCCACCAGUUCAGCGUGGAGGAGCUGCGAUCGAUGCAGUACCUUCACGCGGCGCUAUCGGAAUCGCUGCGGCUGUACCCGUCGGUGCCGAUCGACAACAAGGAGGUGGUGGAGGACGACACUCUCCCCGACGGCACGCGCGUCAAGAAGGGGAGGCGAGUGCUCUACUCGAUCUAUUCCAUGGGCCGGAUGGAGAGCAUCUGGGGGCCCGACUGCCUCGACUUCCGGCCGGAGCGCUGGAUCAAGAACGGCUUCUUCGUGCCCGAGUCGCCCUUCAAGUACACGGCCUUCAAUGCCGGUCCGCGCCUGUGCCUGGGCAAAGACGUGGCCUAUCUGCAGAUGAAAGCCAUCGCAGCUUCCAUCCUCAGCCGAUUCAGCGUCCGCGUCGUGGACGGCCAUGUCGCCAAGCAGAAGCUGUCGCUCACGCUCUUCAUGCGGAAUGGCCUCCCCGUGACGCUCCACCAUAGACCUCUCUUUGAUGAUGGUGAUUGUCACUCUCCUUAGCGGAUCUUCUCUUCUAAGUUCUAGAUGCUCUCGUCCCUCUCGUGAGUCAUCUUAUCUUCUGAGUUCUAACACACCACACACAAGCUUUCAUCCGAGAAAUCCUCCGAGGGAUCCUCCGAGAGAUCAUACAAUAUAAGUAGAGCUGGUUCUCCAUCCCAUCCAUCCAUCGCCCAUAAAUCCACCAUAAGUCCAGAGACCGUAUACGUCAGAACCCAAGCUUGAUUUUCCACCCAAGCACAUCUAUGUCUCCGGUCAGAUCUCUCUCUCUCUCUCUCUCUCUCUAGGUAGACUAUCUUAGCUUUUGGUUUUGUUUGUUCUUGUGGGGUAAGAUCUUUCUUUCUCUCUCGUGCUCUUUCUCUUUCACAUCCAAGAGCAAUAAAAACGAACUCCAAAGUUUCCUUCACCUGUACCACACAAAGCGUGGGUACGGCCCGGCAAAAACUCACGUACGGUACGAUUGUCACGAUUGCAUUGCAUGCAGCUAAGCAUGCUGUUAACAGCAAGUAAGCUGAUUUGCGAAGAUUUAUGGAGAUUUGAAUCGAAAGCGUGCCACACAUCCCUUUUCUCUUUUUUA